AUGGCCCGGCAAUUCUUUUGGCAGCUCGCGCUAGCUGUGUACGUGAGCAUAGUCUUAAUCUGCAAAGUGACAGUUGUGCAUGCGGAUACAGCAGCAGGUCAUGGAGAUUGGCUGCGCAAGGCAAAUGCGGCGCUCAGUUCGUACGACUAUGUAAGCGCAUUGGAAGCGUUCGAUGAGGCAAUCGAGCAAGAUCCGCAUUCAUACCUUACCUAUUUUCGUCGCUCUACAGCACAGCAAGCGCUUGGACGUACUGCUGCAGCUCUCGCAGAUUUGCAAGCGACUAUAUCGCGGAACCCAUCGUUUGCCAAGGCCUACCUACAGGAAGCUCGUAUUCAUUUGAAGGAGGGCGAUUUUGCGCUUGCGCUGGAUGCGUUAAAGCGACUUUCAAAGCACCCCGACAAGGAAGCUGCGAUAGAUGUAUCACAGGCAAAGGAACUUGAGGCGCAGGCGAAGCACGGCAAGGAUUUGGAAAAGAAACUAAGCAAACUCGCAAAAGGUGGCGCGGCCAAGGCGGAGGAGUGUGCAAGCGUUGCUAGCACGCUUUUGAAGCUUGCACCUAACCAUUUGUCUGCGCGCAGCCACCGUGCCCAGUGUGAAGCCGAGCGUGGAAACCUGGACGAGGCAUUUGUCGACUGGACUCGACAGAGUGCGUUGACAUCAUCACCGCUGCUACAACUGCGUCUCUCUCUUAUUGCCUACUAUAUCCUGGGAAUGCGCGACUCACAGAUGCAGGAUGCUGGCGUGCGGCACAUAAAGGCGUGUUUACACAAUGACCCCGACAACAAGUCCUGUAUUCGUGCGUACAAGCUUCUACGCAAGAUAGAAAAAGCGCUGAACAAGGCCAGGCUUCAUAUGGAGAAUGGAAAAUGGGUUGCUACUAUCAGCGCUCUCAAAGGCCCCAAGUUGGGUGCGCCCACGAUUCUGGAAGACGUGGAGCAGGUGCUGCAACAGGCCCAAAAGCCACAACCGCCUUACGACGAGCCGCUCUUGCCGGCGACGAUCAAGAACCCCGCCGAAAAGAGCGAGCUGGUAUUCGAGAUCCAUUCCUUGUAUUGCAAGGCCUACUCGGAGCAGCAUUUGUUCAAAAAGGCGAUGCAUUUUUGCGACAAGGUACUUGCACGGAACCCAGACGACAGGAUUGCGCUUGCAGCCAAAGGGGAAGAUCAUCUUGCGAACGGCAGGUACAAUGAAGCGGUGCAAAUUUUAUCGCGCGCAUUUGAACUCUCCGGCAAUGCAGACCGCGACCUGUACCAACGGCUGGCUAAAGCACAAAAAUUACUGAAGCAGUCCAACUCAAAGGACUACUACAAGGUGCUUGGCGUUGCCCGGGAUGCUGACGAACGCACGAUCAAGAAAGCAUACCGCAGACUUGCACGGGAGCACCAUCCUGACAAGGGCGGCAGCCAGGAGAAGAUGGCCGAGAUUAAUGAGGCAUUCGGCGUGCUCAACGACUCCGAACUUCGCGAGCGGUACAACCAGGGCGACGACCCCAACGAUCCCUUGGGCAGCCAAGAUCAACACUCACAGGCAUUCCACUACAGCGGCGGUGGCCACCCCUUUUCCCAAUUUUUCCAAAACGAUGCAUUCCAUCAGUUUGCGCAAGGCCAAAGCGGCCAACAGUACCAUUUUUCCUUUUAA